AUGUUCAUCCAAAUUCUUUGCGCUUGUUUCUCCCUUCACUUCGUGUAUGCCAUACCGAUAGAUAAUGGAGUAAUUGGUAUACCAGAAGUUGACUGUGGACCAAACUCAAUAGUCAAUAUAUUUGUGGCGACGAAUGAACUUAAGCAUUUUAUAGAAUCUACUUUAGGAAUAACUUUCAAUGUGCAAAAACAAUUCGAAGGCCAUGUCUAUGUAAAAGGAUUAAACAAUAGAAAUGAAUGUCGCAGUGAUGGAAGCGGGCAAACAGUGGCCGGAAUAGAAUUGCCAUUUGAAUCUUGUAAUGUAGCCCGUAUACGAUCAUUAAACCCACGAGGGAUUUUCGUCACCACAACUGUUGUUAUUACUUUUCAUCCACAAUUUCUUACAAAAAUUGACCGAGCUUAUCGAUUACAAUGCUUUUAUAUGGAGGCAGAUAAAACAGUUAGCACGAAAAUUGAAGUUUCUGAAAUCACAACCAUAUUCCGUACUCAGUUGAUACCAAUGCCAAUUUGCAAAUAUGAGAUUCUAAACCGUGAGCUGACCGGCGAGCCAAUUUUAAAUGCUGUGAUUGGCCAGCAGGUUUAUCACAAAUGGUCUUGCGAUUCCGAAACAUUGAACACGUUUUGUGCCAUCGUACAUACUUGUUUCGUAGACGAUGGGGCAGGUGACAGAGUGGAGUUAUUAGAUACAAAAGGAUGCGCACUUGAUAAAUACCUUCUUAAUAACCUUGAAUAUCCAACUGACUUGAUGGCUGGCCAAGAAGCACAUGUCUACAAAUUUGCUGACCGUCCGCAGCUUUUUUUCCAGUGCCAAAUCCGUAUAACGAUAAAAGAGCCAAACAGUGAUUGUGAACGGCCGAAAUGUGAGGAGCCAUUAGGCUUCGGCUCGCAUCGAUCAAAAGAACAAAGUCGUUUUAAAAGAAGGUCAAUCCAAAAUAGUGGUUAUGAUGAGAAUAUCGUCGAUACUCGUGUCGAUAUCAGUGUUUUGGAUAUAAUUGACCAGGUCAGUCAAUCUAUGUAUAUAUAUAUUUAA